GUUAUACAUAAAUUUUAAAUUCUGGAGUGAAGCAUUUCUCUUUUCCAUCGUCUGAUAAGUAAACACAAACAAUAAUUGUAUUUAGUUUAUAAAAUAUAACGAACAAAAAUGGGAGGAUUAUUUUCAAAUCCAGAAGAAUUGUCAAAUGUUUACAUUUUUAAUAAGAUUAAUAACAAUGAAAAAGAUGUUGAACUUUUAUGUGGUACAUUUGAAUCUUUGAAGUGUGUAGUAAAAGUAAUUAAAGUGCAAGAUAAAACAUAUGAUCAGCUGAAAUAUGAAGUUAAAAACAGUAGUUGUUAAGGGCGACUUCACCGAGUUCGAAUAUAUUGUUAUCAUUAUUUUGGAUAAUGAAAACGAGGACGAAUAUAUUUGGAUAACUAAAGAUAAAAAAAUUUUUCAUAUAAAUGGGGACCUGAUGACAGCAAUUUGUGCAAACAAAUCUCUAGAAAGAAAAUUUCGUUUUUUUAUAUUACAAACAAAUCGAGUGUUUGCAGAAGAUAUAAAAAGACGGACAAUUAAAAACCAAAAAUGUUACUUUGGAAAUGAUUUGAAAUUUUAUGCAACUUCAACAGGAUGUAUUUUAAAUCACCAAUGGACGAGUGGAAGUCCAAGUCCUUUCAUUAAAUAUUUAUGUGAAGGAAUCAACCAAAAUAUUAUGCUUCCAAAAGAAGAUCAACUUCCUAUUGAUAAAUUGUUAGAUGAAGUUGUUUGUCCUCAAAUAACUGAAGACUCUCCAUCACGGACUAGGCUACGUGAACCGUUUAUUUUGAGAAGUGCGAAAUAGCUAAUUAUUGUCGAUAAUAAUUGAAUAUGCACGUAGAUCGAGCGAAAACAAUGGCACAACUGGAUUAAUUUUUUUUAUAAAUUACUAAAUAUUGUACCUAAUGUUUUAUUAAGUAUUGCAAUAAAACUUCAUUACGAACUGUA